GGUUUAUGGUAUUUAUGGUGGAUUCCAUGUGGCAUUAUCACUGGUGAUCUUUGGAUAUAUCCUUUCAGAAGAAAUAUCACUUGAAGAUUCCAGGGAUUCAUGUAACAAUGGAUGUUAAAACGAAAAGGAGAGAUGAUGUAGAGAAUGGUGAUGAAGGAGAAGACUUAGUUCUAGCAACUUUGGUUGCUAAUGGUGAUGAUAUUAGUCCUCUUGUCAGGCAUGCCUUUGAAAUGAAACGCCCCGAGGGGCUCCUUCGCCAGCUGAAUUAUGUGGUGAAGAAAAAAGAAGCUGAAAUUGAGGAGAUGUGCAAGACACACUAUGAGGAAUUCAUUCUCGCAGUUGAUGAACUUCGUGGGGUGUUAGUUGAUGCUGAAGAGCUCAAGAGUGAGCUCCAAAGUGACAAUUUUAAGUUGCAGCAGGUUGGAAGCACCCUUCUUGUCAAGCUUGAGGAGCUUCUUGAAUCUUAUUCUGUCAAGAAGAAUGUGACCGAAGCUAUUAAAAUGUCAAAGAACUGUAUACAGGUGUUGGAGCUUUGUGUUAAGUGCAACAAUCACAUUUCUGAAGGAGAGUUUUAUCCUGCAUUGAAAACUGUGGACUUACUUGAGAAGAACUACAUCCAGAAUAUUCCUGCUAGAGCUCUCAAAUUGGUGAUAGAGAAAAGAAUUCCUUCCAUAAAAUCGCACAUUCAGAAGAAAGUAUGCAGUCAAGUUAAUGAAUGGAUGGUCCACAUACGGAGUUCUUGUAAAAAAAUCGGGCAAACAGCAAUUAGUCGUGCUGCAUCAGUUCGUCAGAGGGAUGAGGAAAUGCUAGAAAGGCAGAGAAAGGCUGAGGAGAUAAAUGGUUCAGGAGCAGAGCAUCGAGCUUAUAAUUUGGAUGUUGAAGAUGCUGAUGAAGAUUCUAGCAUGAAGUUUGAUCUCACACCUCUUUAUCGUGCUUGUCAUAUUCACAGUUGUAUGGGGAUCCUAGAGCAGUUUCAUGAAUAUUACUAUAAGAAUAGAUUGUUACAACUGAAUUCAGACUUGGAGAUGUCUUCAGCUCAAUCUUUUGUUGAAACACAUCAGACAUUUUUGGCUCAGAUUGCUGGAUACUUCAUAGUGGAGGAUAGGGUCCUGAGGACUUGUGGGGGGCUCCUGGUACCUGAUCAGGUUGAAACUAUGUGGGAGACUGCUUUAGCUAAAAUGACAUCAAUGCUGGACAUGCAAUUCUCUCACAUGAACUCUGCCACCCAUCUUCUCUUGGUUAAGGAUUAUGUCACUCUUCUCGGUACUACUCUUAGACAAUAUGGAUAUGACAUAGGUCCACUUCUUGAUGUGCUUGAUAACAACCGUGACAAAUACCAUCUGCUUCUUUUGGAAGAAUGUCGGAAACAAACUGUCGAUGUUCUUGCCAACGACUCAUAUGAGCAGAUGGUGAUAAAAAGGGAGACUGAUUAUGAGAAUAAUGUUCUGUCAUUUAAUCUUCAAACUACAGAUAUUAUGCCCGCUUUUCCGUAUGUUGCUUCAUUCUCCUCCAUGGUACCCGAUGCUUGUCACAUUGUGAGAUCCUUCAUCAAAGGCUCUGUUGAUUACUUGUCUUAUGGUGGACGUACCAGUUUCUUUGAUGUUGUGAGGAAGUAUUUGGACAAGUUCCUGAUUGAAGUAUUAAAUGAAACAUUACUUGAUAUGAUCAAUAGUGGGAGUAUCAGCGUGUCUCAAGCCAUGCAGAUUGCUGCCAACAUAUCUGUUUUCGAAAGAGCUUGUGAUUUUUUCCUUCGACUUGCAGCCCAACAAUGUGGCAACGCGGCCCGAACAGUUGAGAAGCAUCAAGCUACUUUAACUGCAAAGGUGUUACUCAAGACUUCAAGGGAUGCAGUUUAUAUUACUCUGCUGAGUUUAGUAAACGCAAAAUUAAAUGAGUAUAUGACUCUUACAGAAGGUGUUAUUUGGACUUCAGAGGAGGCAAAGCCGAAUGGAAAUGACUACAUAAAUGAAGUGAUCUUUUACCUUGAUUCUCUUAUGUCCACGGCACAACAAAUUUUACCCUUGGAUGCUAUGUACAAAGUUGGGACUGGUGCACUUGAACAUAUUUCCAAUACAAUUGUGGGUGCUUUCCUUAGUGAUAGCGUCAAAAGGUUUAAUGCAAAUGCAGUUAUGAAUAUCAACAAUGACCUUAUAAUGUUAGAGAAUUUUGCAAAUGAGAGGUUCUAUUCUUCUGGCUUGGGUGAAAUUUACAAGGAAGGUAGUUUUAAGAGCUGCUUGGUAGAAGCACGGCAAUUAAUUAAUCUUUUGUCAAGUAGUCAACCCGAGAACUUCAUGAAUCCUGUUAUAAGGGAGAAAAAUUACUACGCAUUGGAUUAUAAGAAGGUGGCUACUAUUUGCGAUAAAUUCAAGGAUUCUCCGGAUGGGAUCUUUGGAAGCCUUGGAAAUAAAAAUGCAAAGCAAAGUUCUAAAAAGAAAUCAAUGGACACACUCAAAAAGCGACUUAAGGAUUUCAACUGA